CAAUAAACAAAAAACUUGAUAAUAAUAAUAUGUGAGAAAGACAACUCUCCUUAGUCCUUCACCAACACCAUACUCUUUCAUAGUCUCUCCAAAGACAACAACCGUUUCACCAAACCUCAAUUAAACAAAACAGCCUAAUACUAAAUAUAUUUAAAAAAAAAAAAACUCUUAAUUUUGUUAAUUUCUUUCUCUAUAUUUCUACCCCUUCUGUCAAAGGCCUUCUUGUAUUCACUUUUUCUCUCUAUGCAACCUCUUUGCCACAAGAACAAUCUUUUCUACUCAGAAACUGUUGCAAUGAAAAGCAGAAAGAACAAAAGCAUUUCCAUUUUCUUUGUAGUUUUCUCCCUAUUCCUCUUUGGGGUCUUUAUGUACAACGAAGACGUUAAGUCGAUAACCGAGUUUUCGUUUUCCAGGCUCAAAACUCAAGAAAUCCAAGAAGAAAAAACAGAACCUGACAAUUCUGUUCAAAGGGAUAUUAAGAAAUUAGGCAACGAUGACAGGAUAAAAGUUUCAAAGAACCCUGAGGAAACCCAAGAAUCAAUUGAUUUGAAAGCCGUUGUGUUAAAGAAGAAAAAUGAUAAGAAGAUUGAAUUGCAGAAAGAACAUGAAGAAGAUGAUAUUGUUUUGCCUUCAGAAGAUUGUGAUUUGUUUACAGGGAAAUGGGUUCUUGAUAAUGUGACACAUCCUUUGUACAAAGAAGAGCAAUGUGAAUUUCUUACUUCUCAAGUUACUUGCAUGAAGAAUGGAAGACAUGAUUCUUUGUAUCAAAAAUGGAGGUGGCAGCCAAGAGAGUGUUCUUUGCCAAAGUUCAAACCAAGAGUUUUGCUUGAGAAACUUAGAGGGAAGAGGCUUAUGUUUGUUGGAGACUCAUUGAAUAGGAACCAAUGGGAAUCUAUGAUUUGUUUGGUCCAAUCUGUUAUUCCUCAAGGCAAAAAGAGCUUGAACAGAACUGGUUCUCUUUCUGUAUUCAGAAUUGAGGACUACAAUGCUACUGUGGAAUUCUACUGGUCACCAUUCAUUGUAGAGUCAAAUUCAGACGAUCCAACGAUCCACAGCAUAUUGAACCGUAUUAUCAUGCCUGACUCAAUUGAAAAACAUGGUGUGCAUUGGAAGAAUGUGGACUACCUUAUUUUUAACACCUACAUAUGGUGGAUGAAUACCAUCACUAUGAAAGUGCUACGAGGGUCAUUUGAUGAAGGAGACACGGAGUAUGAUGAAGUCCCUCGGCCAAUAGCAUAUAGGAGAGUCCUUGAAACGUGGUCAAGAUUUGUGGAUAACAAUAUUGAUCCAAAUCGUACCAAAGUUUUCUUCAAUAGCAUGUCCCCUCUUCAUAUCAAGAGUGAAGAUUGGAACAAUCCCAAUGGUAUAAAAUGUGCCAAAGAAACUACACCAAUUCUCAAUAUGUCUAUUCCAUUUUCAGUGGGAACUGAUCGACGUCUUUUUAUCAUUGCAAAAAAUGUGACAGAUUCAACUAAGGUGAAAGUGAAUUUCUUAAACAUUACCACUUUGUCGGAGUUUAGAAAAGAUGCACAUACUUCAAUUUACACUAUACGUCAAGGCAACGUAUUAACUCCAGAACAACAAGCUAACCCUGCUAGUUAUGCAAAUUGUAUUCAUUGGUGUUUACCAGGAUUACCUGAUACAUGGAAUGAAUUGCUUUAUACACAUAUUAUCUCUAUGUCUUGACCGACAAGGCAACGUCAUAUAGAUAUAUUCUUAACAUUUUUUUUUCCAAUAUUUUUUACCUUCGUUGCCUUGGUUUUUGUUAGUUUUGUCUAUAUAAUUCUUGUAAUUUUUUCUUUGAAAAAUUCUUUUAGUUUUCUAUUCCUAUUAGCAAAGCUUGGAAGCAAAGCAACCACUUCAAUUGUGCAAUGAAUGUCCGAAAAGAAAAUAUAGUAAUUUACAAAUUGUAUGUCACUGG